CACAAAAUAUCAAAGUUGGAAAAAUAUUUUGAGAGGGAGGGAGCACAUUUCUAGAUUUGAACAUGUACAUGUUGGAAAAGUUAAGCAAUCUUUUUCUUUGGAGUGGCAUGGAGAAUGGGAAGUGGUCCUCUCUGUGGCCACAAAAGUCUAUUAAUAAUGCAGAACUUUGGGUGGUCACUGGUCAUUAUGCCAUGCAGUUUCCAUUGACCCGUAGAAGAUGUGCAACAUCGUGGCCCCUGGAAGUGUUCGAGAUAUUUAAAGGUCCAACCCUGUCUAUGGCGGUAGCGAAGCUCAUAGGAUGCAUAGGAUUUACCAUCCUUUGUAUGAAGAUUGACGGGCUUGUCCCUCGAAUUGGAAUGGGCCUCAUCCCUGGCGGGAGCAUACUAGGCGGAUUAUGUGCAGCGAAGGAAGGGGAUUCCGACUUUGAAUUGGAGACUCCACCUUCGUGUACACCUGCGGCAAAGACUCCCCCUCCAAAUCUACCAAAGGAAACGCAGCAGCGCAGGAGACUUUGACUCAGAUUUGGAGCCCUAAUCCUAGACGAAGGUCUGAUUUCCAGCCGCUAUAAACGCAGCAGGCAGCAGCGAGAGGACGCGGAGAAGACACGCAGAUAGCAGCGGGGAAGAAACCAGAGAGGGUAUGGUCCUACGGGGGUCUAUACUUCGGUCCAGUCCCCCUAAUUCUUCCUCUAUGCAUUAAAUUCACUCUGUUUUUUCAGUGUGUCAAUUCGACACUAGUUGUCCACGGAAGAGUUGAUUUGUUAGCUUAAAUUGCUUUGCCAUUCUAAAUGGCAGUAGGUUUAAUUUGGACAAAUCAAAUUCUCUUUAAAUUCCAUUGUUUUUGGUUCAAUUUGUUCCUACGAAUGAUGGUUUAAGUUGUCUAUGUGUUUUUAUUAUCGUGCUUACCCUCUUGUAGUUCCCCUCCUCCACCCCAGGUCUUCUUGACCCACGCCCCUAUCCUCACUACCUUGCUCAAGCACACCUAGCUCAAGCCUACGCCUCUACCUACACGCACAACAUCUUCCCAUUCUACCAGUACCCGAAUGGGUACCAACCACCCCACACCCCAUCCUACCAGACAUCCCCCCACAUAACCCCUCCAACGAUACCCCCACAGCUCUUGCUCACACAUUUGACACCAUGAGCCUCCAUGAACCUUCCCAAACAUAAUACAUGGAUACUGGAGCCUCACAUCAAUUCUAACCUGCUAGGAUAAUCAAACAUGAGCUGUGAU